AUGGCUGCAAUCCCUGACCAACAAUCCAGCCAUGAAUCGUACCACGAGAAGGGGAAGACUACCGCGACUGUGUUGGACGAGCGCCGCCGCGCUGCUCUGGCAGAAAUUGACAAUGCACCCUUCUCGUGGUUCCAUGUCAAAGUUUGCCUGGUCGCUGGCGUAGGUUUCUUUACCGACGCCUACGAUAUCUUUGCCAUCAACAUCGCCGCCACAAUGUUGGGCUACGUCUAUGGUCACACAGCCAACCAGCUUAACACCAACCAAUCUUUGGGGGUUAAGGUAGCAACCCCUGUUGGAAACUUGGUUGGUCAGCUCCUUUUUGGAUGGCUCGCAGAUCAUGUGGGCCGUAAGAGGAUGUAUGGCGUCGAGCUUAUGGUCAUGAUUAUUGCGACUUUCGGUCAGGCUCUCGCAGGCCAGGCCCCAGCUGUGAACGUUCUCGGCGUGAUUAUUGUCUGGCGUUUCAUUAUGGGCGUUGGAAUCGGUGGCGAUUACCCUCUGAGUGCCAUCAUUUCCUCAGAAUUCGCCGCUACACAUUCACGCGGUCGUCUUAUGACUGCUGUGUUCGCUUCACAAGGAUGGGGUCAAUUUGCUUCUGCCCUUGUCGGUAUUAUCGUCGUCCAAGCAUACAAAAAUGAUAUCCUCAGUGCCCCAUUCCCAUGCACUGUCCCUGUCGAUUAUACCUGGCGUCUCUUGAUUGGUCUUGGAUGCGUCCCCGGUGUCAUUGCACUCUACUUCCGUCUCACAAUCCCUGAAACUCCCCGUUUCACCAUGGAUAUCGAGCGUAAUGUCGCACAGGCUACUGCAGAUGUCAACAACGUGUUGACACCCGGGAAGCACGUCGUGGACGAAGGCGCUCCGAUUCAGCGUGUCACAGCCCCGAAGGCAACCCGCUCAGACUUUGCUGCGUACUUCGGCCAGUGGAAGAACAUGAAAGUCCUGAUUGGCACCUCCUACUCCUGGUUCGCUCUCGAUAUCGCUUUCUAUGGCCUUGGUCUAAACAGCGCGAUCAUCUUAACGGCAAUCAACUUUGGCAGUCCCACUGGUAUCAAAACCUCGUCACUUUAUGUUUACCAGAACUUGUACAACAUUUGUGUCGGCAACCUUAUCCUCUCCGUGGCGGGCUUGAUUCCAGGAUAUUGGGUAUCUUUCCUUUUCAUCGACUCCUGGGGACGCAAGCCCAUCCAACUGAUGGGCUUCUCCGUACUCACAAUCCUUUUCGUCAUUAUGGGUUUCGGCUAUGAUGCACUGAACGCCUCCGCCGCGGGCAAGAAGGCAUUUGUCUUCCUGUACUGCCUCACCAACUUCUUCCAAAACUUUGGCCCCAACACCACCACUUUCGUCAUUCCUGGAGAGGCUUUCCCCACUCGUUACCGUUCGACAGGCCACGGUAUCUCUGCCGCCACCGGAAAGCUCGGAGCUAUCAUUUCCCAGGUCGGCUUUGCUCAGCUGGUCAACAUCGGCGGAACGAACCAAUUUGUGAAACACAUUAUGGAGAUCUUCGCUCUGUUCAUGUUGACUGGUAUCUUCUCCACACUUCUCAUUCCCGAGACAAAACAGAGAUCGCUUGAAGAUAUCUCGAAUGAGGAGCAGGAAGGCUACAUCCAAGAGGUUCCGGAAGCGACUCGUUCCUAAGCAAUUGUGUACUGUGUUGCAAUAUUAUCAUUAUUUUGCUUUCUACACAGCGCGGACUAAUGUUUAUGUAUCACACUUAGUCGAUGUAUAUAAGUACAUGCAUGCCGCUUAUUUCAGUGUUCAAGAAAAAGAGAUUAAAGUUGUACGAACUUACUGGUUGUGGAGCGUCAUGUCUACGAUCAGUACUAUGUAGUACACUAGUGACAAGUGAAUUGAUCAACUUAUUCCUCACACUGGUCUUUCGGAGGGACACAGGCAGGAAGUCCAUUCCCUUACUGCGCAUAGCCAAAAGCUUUCUUGAGCUUUGCGCAGCUUAUGACCUGUAUCUAUGAAGUCCGCUGCGUCACGAGGGCCAGAAAGUGUGAAUAUUCGAAUUUGCCCGUCGAGCGAGCUGGUGCUCAGAACUAAUUGUGCCCUAGAGUGAUC